AUGGUUCCGAGUUUAUCUGGAGAUUUUUUCUCGUUGGAAGAAUUCGACAUUGAUUUCGAAUUCGACGCGCCUCGUUUCUACGAUUUUUCCAGACCGGAGCUUGGUUCCGAGACAGAGGAAAACGAGUUCUGGUUCGAAAUCGCUGGAAACUAUCCUCCUUCGCCUUUUAGCCCAAAGUGCAAUUUGAAUCUUGAGCCGGUUAAGCACAUUACAAACACCAUCUUAGACACUAAGCCUGUGGAGAUCGUAAAACCGGUUAUUGAAUCUUUGGAUAACGUUUUGAAUCGGAAAGAUAAAUACAACGGGUUCAUAUAUUAUAACCAAACGGUUAAAGAUGUCACCAAGACCAAACCCAAAUCAAAAACGAAGUCAUGUUGUGGCUCAACGUUAACAAGACCUACGGCUUCUUUGCUUGCAAGGCAGAAUAAACCGUUAGAUGUUUACUCUGUUCAACUUCUCACAAGAUGUCAGAGGUCAUUAGCAAAGUUUGGUGGUAACUUAUCUCCAAACUUAGACACUAAGUUGCAAAACCAAGAUACCAAAAGGCCAAAACUGGAAGCUAAGGUCUUUAACUCUAUUAGAAGGUCUAAACUCACUGUUCCAAAGGAACCGAAUCUCAGAACUGCAGAAAGAUCUGAAAGACACAGGUCUAAGGUUAACUUGGAAUCUGAGCAGAAUGCAAAACCAAGGAUUAGUUCAUCUAAAAAAAAUACUACAAACAAAAAUGUUAAUGCUGAACCUUCUUCAACACCUUUGCCUAAAAGUAAUACUUCACGGUCUCGAGAUCUUCAGGCAUUUGGCUUAAGAACAUUACUGAGAGCAAAGGAACGCUCUUCAAAUGCUAAGAUUGAUGUCAUACAAGAGAACGUUGCUACUAACUUCAGAACGCUAAAACUCACUGAUUCCUCAAAGGGUAGAUUAGUCAAAGGAAAUCACAGCAGAAAGAUGUAUGGAUCUAAUAUCUGCCGUCUAGACUCAACGAGAUCAAGCAAAGAAGAACUCAGUGAACCAACUAGAAUCAAAUAUGGAACUCAGAGCUCUUACAGGACAGAUAUUAAUAGGGGCAUGGAUUUAUGCCGGAAAUUUGAUUCACAAGAAGUUGCAGGGAGCCUAAUCAUUGCUUAA